AGAAGAUAAUGAUGUCUGUAUUAAUAAAUGGCACGAUCUCAAUUCUCAUUAAGCCGACCUUGUCUUAUAAUAUGAAAUAUUAAAUGCCACCCCCACGUUUGUUCUCACAAUUAACAGGUGUAUUUCUCUUUUUUCUAUCUCCUUCUAAAACUCCUAAACCUCCUUCACAAAUACUUUAAUACUAAUAUUGUUCUUCUCUUCUCUCUCUGUCAUUUCUGUCCAACUUUCAGGCCUAAUUCGUAGUAUAUAUAGUAGUAUCUGUAAAUAGGUACAAAUCAGAUAUAGAGUCUAUUUUGAAUUAGAGAAAAAUUACUAUAGAUUACAUAGUAUCUUCCCCUAAAAGUAAGAUUGAAUCCUAGAAACUAUGUAUGUAACAAAGAUGAGGUGAUGAUAAUUAAGGAGAUAAAAUGGUAACAAUUAUGAAGUGAUGAUAAUUAUGGAGAUAAAGAUGCAGAAGAAAUAAACCUUAAAAAUUCAACUAAAAGUAUUUUUAAUUCUUUAAUUUAUUUUAAAAAAUCAAGUGAUAGUAGGACUUUGUCAGAGACCAAUUAUUAGCAAGUAUAAACUAUAGCUUUUUAUAUUAGAUUAAGUCAACCCAAGAGCAAAGAGGCAUUUUAUUUCGACUUCUUGGUUAUAUAAAUAGGCAGAAGCAUUGAUCCCAUUAAAGCAUUGAACAAACUUCAACUUCUAACUCAUAUUAUAUCAUAUUAGUAAGCUUCCCAAGGAAAAAAAUGGAGCCUGGUGAGGAAAUUUAUGCAGAAUGGAGUUCCCUUAGUGGAUCAUACACAGCUGAGGAAGCUGAUUUCAUGAACCAGUUUCUUAGCAACUGCUCACACACACAACAGCUACAUGCAAAUUGGAAUGCAGGAAUUCCAUCUGCAUUAUGGUAUGGUCAUGCAGACAUCAAUAGCAGUUCAUUUUAUGCUGCAGAUGCUUCUAACAAUAUGUUUCCAAUUAUAGAUAGUGACAACUUGAAUGAUCCAUUAACCAACUUGGUGGAUCCCUCAUUAAGCACAUAUACUGAUAAAGAGUUAGGUGUAGAUGUUAUUGCUGAUAAGAAUGUACCAAGUGAACCAGUUUCUGAACCAGCCCAAGAGAAUAUAACCAGCAAGCUGGAGAAGCCAAGAAAAAGGUCUCGGAGUUCAAAUGAGAUACUAAAGAACAAGAAAAAUGUUAAGACUACAAAGAAACCAAAAUCUGCUUCCAUUAGCAACAUUAAAGAAGAAGAUAGAUGUCCUGGUCAGGGGGAAAACUUGAGCUGUUCCUGCUCAGAAGACGACUUGGACACGUGUCGUGAGCUAAAUGAAGGAGAGUCUUCGAGCUUGAGCCUGAAAUAUUCUAAAGGUCUUCAGUUAAAUGGAAAAUCUAGAUCUAGUAGAGGUUCUGCUACUGAUCCACAGAGCAUCUAUGCAAGAAGAAGAAGAGAAAGAAUAAAUGAAAGGUUGAGAAUCUUACAAAACUUAGUGCCUAAUGGAACCAAGGUGGAUAUCAGCACAAUGCUCGAGGAGGCUGUCCAAUAUGUGAAAUUUUUACAGCUCCAAAUUAAGCUCUUGAGCUCUGAUGAUCUCUGGAUGUACGCUCCAAUUGCUUACAAUGGAAUGAACAUUGGACUAGACUUCAAUAUUACCACACCCAAAUAGCAUAGCAAUAAAAAAUGACAUUUGUAAUGUUCCCUUUUUUUCAUUAUUCUAAGAAAGUUUCAGUACAUGGUGAUCAGCCAAAAUGGCAUCAAAAACUUAUAAGAGAACUAAUAUAGCAUGAAUCCAUGAUACUCUACUUUUCUUGCUUAUUCUUUUCUUUCGUUCGAUGUAAGAAAA